AUGAUCACCAAAUACCGAGCAGUGUUGCAAUCUUUGUCAUCCACCUUAGCCCUGGAGGAUAUGCCCCUAAGUCUUGAUGCCCGGACUGAGCCAUGCCCCGUGGUGCCCCCGAAUGUUGGGGAGGUCCACGCCAACUACCUUUUCGGAGAUGGCACCGACAAAGCCAUCGACCACCUCAUGAGUCCACGAAACGGGCUACCUAUAUUCCUUCUCUACCAGGAACUUCUUGGCAGUGCCAGGAUUGCGAUCAUCCUCAUGGACCUUGGCAUAAACUAUAUGAUCAAUUGGAAGGUCGUCGUCCUCGACCCUACUUUGCUCGAAGAGGAACAGAGACGCAACGCACCUGGUUGGUGGGAUAUAAUUCACUCAUACCUUGAUACUAUUCCAAUGUGA